AUGGGGUGCGAUGUCCCCAAGGGCAAUGUGGUGGCUAUUAAACUUGAGCACUGUUCGAUCGACCCAUCGUUUCUCACGCAAGAGAUUGAAAUCUAUAGGCAGCUGAGGGCAAAACGUGGCAUCCCUCGGUUACUCUGGCACGGCUCCCACGGUGAAUUCCAGGCGAUUGUGUUCGACCUACUGGGACCUAACCUAGAGGACCUCUUUCAAUACUGCGACAAGAAAUUCUCACUCAAGACAACAUUGAUGCUGAUGGACCAAUUGAUCCGGCGGAUUGAAAGCCUCCAUGCGGUUGGAUACCUCCAUCGCGACAUCAAGCCCGAAAACUUCCUAUUGGGCACUGGUAAUCAGGGUAACGUGGUCUACAUGACUGACUUCGGAAUUGCGACCUCUCGAAGUGACUCGCCCCCCCAAAUCACCACUCAGAAGCCGGGAAAUCAGCCCCAGAUUGCCUUGGUAGGCACGUGCGACUACGCCAGCAUCAAUGGCCAUUUGAAUGUUGCUCCAGCGUGGCGUGACGACCUUGAGUCACUAGGGUACAUGGCCUUGUAUUUCCUUCACGGCUCUCUUCCCUGGCAUGGUCUGCAAGCACCCAACCGGAAGGAAAGGCAUAGGCUUGUCUACGAACGGAAAAAGGCGAUUGCCGUGGUGGAACUAUGUCAUGGCCUCCCCACCGAGUUUGCGACGUACAUGAGCUACAUUCGUGGACUGGAGGACCAGGAGAAGCCCGACUAUAAGUACCUCGGACGAUUGUUUGGUCGACUAUUUAGCAAAUCAGGCUUCAAGUAUGACAAUGUGUUCGACUGGACGAUUCGGGAGUUUGAGAGGCUCUCCACUGUGGUUUAG